GAAAAAUUUAGCAGCAGCCCUGUGUGUAACUCCAUGUUAUCACUCUGUUUGUAUUAAACUUGAUCUUGCUCAUCUUUCCUGCGUUGUGGGCAUUUUCAAGACACACUCAGUGACAGUGUAAUGUACUUGUUAAUGUGUAGGGGGCUGGUAUCAUCAGCUAGCAGACCUCGUGAAGACAGUUGGUUAAAAUCGCUAUUUGUUCGCAAAGUUGAUCCAAGGAAAGAUGCUCACUCCAACCUUCUAGCCAAAAGGGAGACCAGCAGUCUGUAUAAACUACAGAUUCACAAUGUAAAACCAGAAUGUCUAGAUGCCUACAACAACCUUUGUCAAGAGGUGCUGCCAAAGAUUCAUGAAGAAAAACACUACCCAUGUGCACUGGUGGGGACUUGGAACACGUGGUACGGAGAGCAAGAUCAGGCUGUUCAUCUCUGGAGGUAUGAGGGAGGCUAUCCAGCUCUCAAUGAGGUCAUGAGUAAACUCCGGCAAAAUAAGGAAUUCACGGAAUUUCGCAAAGAAAGAGGUAACAUGCUUCUCUCUCGGAAGAAUCAGCUAUUGUUGGAGUUUAGUUUCUGGAAUGAACCUGUUCCCAGGGAGGGGCCCAACAUUUAUGAACUAAGAUCCUAUCAACUUCGACCUGGAACAAUGAUUGAGUGGGGAAAUUACUGGGCUCGGGCAAUUCGUUUUCGUCAGGACGGUAAUGAAGCAGUUGGAGGAUUCUUCUCACAGAUUGGACAGCUCUAUAUGGUUCAUCACCUUUGGGCUUACAAAGAUCUUCAAAGCAGAGAAGACAUAAGGAAUGCUGCAUGGCAUAAACCUGGCUGGGAUGAACUAGUCUAUUACACAGUGCCCCUUAUUCAGGAAAUGGAGUCCAGAAUCAUGAUACCAUUGAAGAUUUCUCCGCUUCAGUAACGUCAUUGAUUUACUUGUGCCUACAUAGAUUAAAGUGACAAGUAUUUGUCUUAAAUUAAUUUAUGGUAUACAUUGUAUAUCAUAGUCAGAAAUAUAAAAGUACUGUACCGAGCUUAUAAAAGAGACCUCUUUUCUUCAGAAUCUAACGACCUUUUUGUUCUUAGAAAAGAAAUGUAGGACUGCAGUUUAAAAGUUUCUUAAC